AUUCCAGUGCUAUCGAAAAGCAAAAAGAGAAAACACCUAAAACCUCUCUUCUCAAAUUAGGGUUUAAGGAUUUGGAUUUUGUCUGCAACAAUGUCGAUGAAACGUCCACGAAACACGAAUCCGGAGCCGUUUUUGCCGCUGGGCUCCGACGCAUUCUCCUCAGGAAAGAAGCGGCGCAAGCCGCUGAAGCACCACCAGCUAGAGGAGAAGCUCGUUCCGUCGAUCGUCAGCUCUACGAUUCUCAAGGAAGCCCUUUUGCAGCAGAAGGAGAUCCAGCGAGAAGAGGAAAGCGCCAACAAUGUCGCCGAUCACACCGCCGACAGUAAAAUCGUGUUUCCCGAAAUUCACGGCCGCAAAGAAUACGAAUUCGACGAUGACGACGUGGAUGAUUCCGAAGGGUUUUUCGAGGAUGCUAUUAAUGAGGAGGACGAGAAGCUGCUGGAGGCCUUCCUAUCGAAAGAUGAUUGCCUUGAACGAACCGUUGCUGACAUCGUGGAGGAGAUCAAGAAAAAAGCUGCUCAAGUUUCAACCGGAUCACAACCAAUGACGAAAUCGGACGACUCGGUCAUUGAACUGUACAAGAGGGUUGGUAAACUGCUUAACAAGUAUACCUCUGGCAAGAUUCCCAAAGCUUUGAAGUUCAUACCUUCUCAACCAUCCUGGGAAGAACGUCUAUACUUGACCGAACCUGAUAAAUGGUCGCCACAUGCACUGUAUCAAGCAACAAUAAUCUUUGCUUCUGGUAUGGGUGUUAAUAAGGUGGCACGUUUCUAUAAGUUUGUUUUGUUGCCACGCGUGAGAGAAGAGAUUCGGAAAAAUAAGACGCUGCACCCUGCUUUAUAUCAGUCAUUGAAAAAGGCUUGCUACAAACAAGCUGCUUUUAUUAAAGGAAUCUUAUUACCCUUGUGCGAGUCAAGGACAUGCAAUCUAAAGGAAGCUGACAUUAUUGGGAGCAUCAUUAAGAAGGUUUCUAUUCCUUAUCCCCUGCCUAGUGCCACAUUAGCGAUGCUUGCGAACAUGGAAUACAGCAGUACAAGAAGUUAUUUCAUCGCGUUACUAAUUGAGAAGAAGUGUGCAUUGACAUAUUCUGCACUUGAUGCUUUGGUUGCACAUUUUGUGAAAUUCAAUGAUGAGUCCAGAGUAAUGCCUGUGAUCUGGCAUCAAUCACUUCUUGCAUUUUCACAGAGGUACAAAAAUGGAUUAAAAAAGGAGGACAAAGAUCGUCUCAUUGCACUAGUUGAAAGGCAAAGGCAUAAACUAAUUACGCCUGAAAUACUGAGGGAGUUAAAUAAUAGCCACAACCGUGGAGAGACAGAUAAUGAUCCUAUGUCAAUAUCGGCACCUCUAUCUGUAGUUAACAGAACAAUUAUCGAAGACAGGUUUGACAUUCCAGAUGUUCCAAUGGAGGAGGAUUAGAUUUGCUACUGCUAUUCUUUCUGUUUUUGUAAAGGUGGUUCGAAAAAUUCUGGGCCGAACUUCACCAGAUAAGCGUCCUAUUGAGGUCAAGUUUAGGCGAUCGAAGAAAAUAGUGAUUAUAUAGCACAAGCUCCACCUUAUAUAUAUUCUAUUUACCACGUUUUUCGUUUACAUGUCCGGUUCAUGUUCGUUUACCAGCCCGGUACAUGUUCAUUUAUUUUAUUUUUUUAAUUAAAAUAAAUAAAAACUAGCUUCCUUCCUGCAGUUUUCCAUUAAAUUAAAGAUUAGAGAUGCAACAUGACUUCUCAUGUUACCUGUUUGAAGUGUUUGUUUUAUUGAUGCUUUCUUUGGAGA